AUGGCUAUCAAGAAGACCAUGAUAGAACAUGACCCUGGCGAUGUCAGAAGGUUCUACGAAAUGAUCUGCUUCACCCGUUCUCUGAGCCCGGUGAGAGGUAACAGAAUCAAGCAGGUGUUUUCUGUUGAAAGUGACGGGUUUGAAAUCGCAAAAUGCCGGCGAGAUUUCGCCGACGCAAUCGCGUAUUUUUGCGCAUACAGAGCCAAUCCGGAUAAUGUCACUGCUGUAGCUCUAGGGAGAAAGAACACAAAAGUCGUCCUUUGGAUUGCAAGCAACGCAAAUGUCCCUGCAAAGGUGAUUGACUUCUUGAAUAAUAGUGCGCUCAACGUGGUGCAGAGGCUGGCAUGUGCAGACAUGAAGCAAGGGCAGUUACCUCCAAGCGAACACGAGACAGCUCUCAUGAUUCUGGGUAAAAUAUUGCAGUUUUCCAGGAAGAAAAUCUUCAAGUACUACAAACCCGCUAUUGCAGCGUGGAAGGAGAUUUGCAGAGUUGUGAAUCCCCAAGGUUCCGACAACACAAAUUCAGACCUAGCUACGCUCUGCGAAUGGUUUCAGAAGGAAUUCUAUAAGAGCGGCGUCAUGCUAGAGGAAUGCGACAUGCCUGACCUUGCUAUCAGUUGUUAUAUUGCACGUACGAAGAAGGCAUUUGACAUCCUCGACCAUGGCUCGGGCCAAGGCAACGAACAAAGCCUUGCCUAUGAGCGACUAUAUAAGUUGCUCAACAAACUAGGCAAGCACGUUUUGCUCUUCAAAAGAAUGGUGCACGCCAUCGUCGCUCUACGCCUUGACUUCCAGAAAGGCUUCGUAGUGGAGCCGAUUACUGCAUCCACUCCGACGCCUAUCCCUCUUCCACAGCUAAGCAAACGGACUAUGGAGAAGAUCAUAGCUCGUGUUUUCCCAAAAGAAGACGAAAGAAGUCGGUUUUACCAUCAUCUCAGCCAGUUUUAUAACAUGGAGGGAAUAUACCAGUCUCUGAAGUUGUACAAGGAAAAGGGUCGAGUUCGAGUCCACGCAGAGAUUUUAUUGAUUGACUACUUCGACAAGAUUGACGUGGACUUCCUCGAUAACGACGACAAGUACGUUGGCUGUAGCAAACCGGCAUGCUACCUUUGCUAUCAAUAUAUAAGCCAACAUCCGGAUCACUAUACACUGCCUCAGACUCACCAGAAACUAUACCAUGCUUGGUGUCUGCCUAUCGUACGAGCUAACGAUCGCAAUUAUACUGACAAGCUCAGACGGCACAAGCAGUUCCUAAAUCAAGUGACGGAAAACCUUCAGUCAGGCCUUCGGAAUGAGAUGCGGCAGCAGGUAGCUCCAAGAAAAUAUCAUGCAGACUCGACUGCAGGGGCAAGUUCAAUUGCCAAUAGCAAUAGAGCAAGACCAAUACCGAAGACCUCCGACCACUCUGUCCGUGCUUUGAUCCAAUUACUAAGCAAAGAGAUAAGUGCCAAGGACGAUGUUGACUUGGAAGAUGGGGGCGUUAUGCUUCACCGUUAA